AUGCGUUUCAUCAGAGCCCUUCAGACUGUUGCCCUCCUGGCGGCCUCCGCGACCGCCAAGGGCUGGAACCGACUGGACAAGGAGAACGCGGCCGUUCUCGUCAUCGACUACCAAGUCGGUCUCGCUCAGCUUGUCCGCGACUUCAACACCAACGACUUCCGCAACAACAUGCUUGCCCACGCCGCCUUGGGCAACCUGUUCGACCUGCCCGUCGUCAUGACCACUUCCUCUGACGCGGGUCCCAACGGACUGAUGAUCAAGGAGGUCGUCGACUUGAAUCCCAAUGUGACCAUUGUCCACCGCCAGGGAGAGGUCAACGCCUGGGACAAUGCCGAGUUCCGCGCGGCCGUAAAGGCCACCGGCAAGAAGCAAUUGAUUAUCGGUGGUAUUGUCACCGAAGUUUGCACCGCCUUCUUGGCCCUCUCGCUCAUCGACGAGGGAUACGAGGUCUUCGCCAACACCGAGGCCAGCGGCACCUUUGACGAGAAGCUGGCGGCCGAUGCCAACCGUCGCAUGGAGAAGGCCGGCGUCACCCUCAUGGGCACACUUUGGCGUCGUCACCGACCUGAUGCGCGACUGGAGAAACACCCCUGGCCUGGACCAGGUUCUGCCCUACCUGGACAAGUACCAAUACGCUUAUGGAUUGGUUGCUCGUCACCAUGCUGGUGCCAUUGA